AAUGUAGUUCAGUAUAAAUUUGUUCACACAUAUAGCACUACUUCAUCAUCUCGACAUAAAUAAAUAAAAAAAACAAAACAAAACCACAACUAAAGUCCUGAAACACAAACGAAAAAUGUCUUUGAAUCGCGUCAAUCGUAAUGGACGUGACUUUCUGCAGGAGAACAAACAGAAAGUGGCCCACUGGGAGACCAAUGGACGACUGACGGCCGCUGCAGCUGCCAAGCGGGUGAAUCUCUGGCGUCCUGUGGUGCUGCACUAUUCCUCAGGACUGCGUCCUUUUGGCCAGCGUACUAACACACGUACACGCAACUCUGUGCCAUUACAUGAAUCGGGUAAGAUGCAUUCGGGAUUGGCCCAGCCCUAUGGUUUCCAUCAGGAGGAGCGUCCAGUGCGUCCAUUGACUCGUGCAGCCAGACACAUGGCCAAGCAGCAAAAGGGAAUGGGGGACGAGAAGGGGCGCCAAGGCGGUGGCGAUUCCAGUCGUAUGGCCAAGCAAACACAAACCCAGACCCAAUCCCAGACGGGAGAAAUCAGGGAUUCGCGUUUGGCAAAGAAAUCUCUGCCCAAAAGUGAUCACCAGCAUGUAGGACAAUUGGACCAAGUCGAGCAGCCACCGACGUCGUUGGCGGUGCCGAAACAGACUGGCGAUGAUGAAGAUGAUGCCCUAUCGGUCUACUCGUUGAGAUCUAAGGCAUCGCAACGCUCGAACAUAUCAAAAAUUUCGAAAAAAUCCUCUCUACAUUUGGCAGGGGAAGGCGGCGAUGAGGAGGCUCCCCUAAGUGCUCGCAGUAACGCCUCAUUGAAGACUAUCAAAUCAGCAGCUACGGUUAGAUCAACGUGCAGUGUCAAAUCCCGGGCCACCAUCAAGUCCGUGGAGUCAGUCAAGUCUCAGGCCACGCUCAAGUCUCAUAUGUCGCACAAGUCGCACAAGUCGAAUGCCACCCUAAAGUCUCAUGUCUCUGGGAAGUCGAGGGCUUCAUCCACAGCCAAGUCGCAGGUUAGUCGUCGUUUUGUGGCAGGCGGCGAAUCAUCCAUGCCCCAGAAGAGUCCAUCUAGCACAGGACACAUGGAGGGCCCUUGUUGUUGUUCCCAGCAGAGUCACAUGGAAAAUGAGCGCCUGGCUGCCUUGAAUGAAGCCCACUACAAGUACGGCAAACUGAUUGAGGAGUAUAAUCACAUGCCCGUAUCGGAGCCAACAUUGCGGGUACGUAAUCGAAAGGCUGCCAUCGAACGAGAACUCGAUCAAUUGGACUACGCCAUCAAUAUGUAUGAUCAGACUCAUAUGUAUUACAAACGCUGAAUUCUCGAUUUUGUUCAAGUUUUGUGUUCAAAAGAGUUUCUUUUCGCUCUUUGUUUUGUUUUCUUUGCGUCAACGAAAUGUUUUAUUCAAAAUUAAGUUGUAUGCUCUAAGAUCUCCAUCGACAAAAACCAAAACUAAAAAGCAAAUGUGGUCGAAAUUAUAAAUAUAAGAG